AUGGCGGGCCGGGGGCGCCGCACCCGCAUGGAGCGCGGCUACGUCCUCGGCAUCUGCUGCCUGGUGCUGCUGGACCCGGGCCGCGCGGGCGCCGGCGAGGCGGGCACGCGCGGCCCCGAGCCCGAGGCGCAGGUGGAGAGCAACAACGCCAGCUGGGGCCCCACGGCCGAGGACGUGGCGGCGGCGCCCACCGAAGCCAUGCCGGGCGGCGACCGCUGCCGCGGCUACUACGACGUCAUGGGGCAGUGGGACCCGCCGUUUAACUGCAACCUGGGGAUCUACCAGUACUGCUGCGGGACAUGCGGGUACCGCUUCUGCUGCCAGUUCAAGCCCGGGCGGCUGGACCAAAGCGGCUGCUCCAACUACGACACCCCCAACUGGGUCAACACGGGCCAGCCGCCGGCCCGCGUGGACGAGACCCCCGAGGAUCCCACCCGGGACAAGACCAACAUGAUUGUGUACAUCAUCUGCGGCGUGGUGGCCAUCAUGGUGCUGGUGGGCAUCUUCACCAAGCUGGGCCUGGAGAAGUCGCAGAGCCCCCAGGCAGAGAUGACCAUGUCCAGGACGCUGACGGACCUGCUGAAGCAGCCGGGCCUCGGCCCCUCGGAGCAGCUCGACGGCCACGUGGGCAGCCUCCAAGUGCAGGUGGGCGAGGGGCUCGGCCGCCYGCCCCCCAGGAACGGCACAGACAAGCUGCACCUGAACAACGCCAUGGUCACCAACCCCAUCGGGGGGCCGCCCCUGGCGCUGCCGCUGGCCCACGGCAGCCGCCUGCCGCUGGUGAGCAGCGGGCCCCUGCAGGCGCCCGACUACGCCAAGUACGCCACGCUCAAGGCUGUGGAGAGCGCGCCGGAGGAUUUCUACAAGCGCUUCGCCGGGGCGGACCUGCCCRCCAGCAGCACCCUGCCCUUCCCGGCCGAGGCGCCGGCCCUGCCCGAGGGCUUCCCCCUGGGCCCCAAGGCCAAGGGCACCAAAGGGGGCCCCGCGCCGCCGCUGGCCAGCCCAGCCUUCAAAGGGGGCUGGGAGGGCGGCCGCCGGCAGGGCUACGCCGCCGGACGCCCCUUCAGCGCCGAGAAGCCGCCCGAGGCGUUCGGCGCCGCGCCGCCCCACUACGCGCAGCCCCAGCGGCACCUCUCCACCAACAGCAAGACCGAGGUCACCGUCUAA